UUCCGGUUAUGAAAGGCAUAUUUCCGUUGCUAGCUGAUGGCGUAUUUUGUAUGCGCCCGAGAUCCAGAAAAGGAAACCGCUGGCUCUACGUUCGACAGUGUAUAAAUAUAAAAGGGCAGUGCCGUCACCCUGGGCGGCUGCCGGUCCGGCCCGCCGAGUCAAGCUGUCACGUCCCUGCAACUUGUAUUAGCCUGAAUGGCAAGAGGCAUGAAGGAGGCGUGAAAUGUGAGCAGAGUGAAUCCACAGCUUGGCCCAGGACCUGAUCAGAACUGGAAUGGACAAUCAGUGAAGUUCAAGCAGCAAUAGGAGACAUAAAUGCAUUUGUCAAAAUUGCAUGUGUAACAUCGAUUGUAGAAAACCAUCUCGUGUCUGUGUUUUCUAGCUAUACUUAAUUUAAAAGUUCCGAUAGUACUGUUUUUGAACAGUCAUACACGUUCAGCUGCCGUCAGUAUUUCCAUGGUGUAGCUAAAUAGUGAGUCAGAGGUUCCCGCAGUACUCACAUUUUGCCAUGAUGGUGGACAACCGUUAUGCCACGGCCCUGGUCAUCGGGUCGGUCCUGAGCCUCCUGGCCACUGUAUACUUGUCAGUGGCAGUUGGCACACCGUAUUGGUACCAGUACAGUAGUCCACAGAAUAACAGUGGGGAAAUGCCUUCACAUGAUGUGGAUUCUGAGAAGACCUUCAUGGAGAAGCUGUAUCAAUCUAGUGGAACAUUGGGCCUCUGGUGGUACUGCAUCCAGGGGCCGGGCAGCACAGGGUCCUGCAGGAGUUACACACUCCAACAGCAGCUGUCCUCCAAGUACACCAACCCGGUCAGCGCACCCUCUGAGGAGGACCUUCUCCGCACCUACUUGUGGCGGUGUCAGUUUGUGUUGCCGUUGGUGUCCCUCGGCUUGGUGUCCUUGGCGGCGCUGAUUGGCCUCUGCUCCUGCCUGUGCCGCAGCCUCACCCCAACACUUUUUGUAGGAGUGCUCCACCUUCUGGCGGGCCUGUGCUCUCUGGCAGCCACCUGCUGCUUCCUGGUCGGCUUGCGGCUGCUCCACAGGCUCCUGGUUGUACCCGAGGAGGUGGAGGGCUCCCUGGGCUGGUCGCUGUACCUGGCUCUGGCCUCCUCGCCGCUACACAUGAUGGCUGGCGCCCUGCUGAUGUGGGCAUCCGGCAGCCACCGGAAGAACUACCGCCGCAUGACCGCCUACCGCGUCGCAUAAUGGCGCCGUUCCAACUGUCCCUGACAUCCCCCUUUGACACCAGCUGUGUGUUCAGCAGAGGUGGAAAUCUCAGGUCCAGAAAGUAAAAAUCCAGACCAGGAUUUUGUUUCAACCAACCAAUUGAGCAUAAAGAGACACAGUCACAGAGUACUCAACUGGUUGGUUGAAAGAAAAUCCUGGUCUGGAUUUUUACUUUCUGGACCUGAGAUUUCAACCACUGGUGUUCAGUCACUUGACGCGAAACAGCGGCUGCCGGAGGACGAGCAGGUCUUCAAGCAGACUCGCAACAUUACUGAUGUUACUCCUAAGGGGAAGGUGGACAAACUUAUCUGACUUUUUCAGAUCUCAUACUAACUGUUCGUUAGUUUCACGCUAACUUCUCCUGCUAAUAUGUAGCUUUAACGGAAGAGUGGCUCUCACUCCACACUCCCUGCAGGGCAGCUCUUCUUGGCCAAUGGAACUGUUACACAACCUUAUGUAUUCCAUUCGUGCUUUAUCUUAAGUUAGACGUGUUAGUCUUGCUAUUUAUUGGGAUAUUUUCCAAAAGGCAAAAUAAGUACAUAACUAUCAUUGUUUUUAUGCAUGAAAUUAUUUUCAGUCCUGUUGCUAACUGACAUUCGAAUUGACUGUGAACUCUUCUUAAUCACCUUUUAAUCAUUUCCUUCAUUUUAACGUCCUGCUUUAAUAUGCGUAUUUGUGGCGGCGAUGCGCUUGGAGUGCGACCUCGAACGUCGUCCCUGUUCUCGGCCUGUCAGUGGAAACUCGGAGAGGAUACCGGGUCAGACUAGAGUGCUUCUGAUUGCUGAAGCCCUCGUAUGCGAAGCCCCGAGUGCUCUCCCUCUGUUUCUGCCAUAUCUGUCCCUAACCUGUGUAUCAGAUCAGCCAAGAUCUCUGCUAUACUUUUUAAACCACUAUGCAGAAGUAGACAUUGAACAUGCCAGCCACAUACCUGAGACUGGGCACCUGCCAAACGCCCAGCCUCACCCUGUCUCUGCCUUACUGCCCUUCAUCUGGUUUAAAUGUUUUAUUUGCAGGGUCAACUGAAAUGAACCAGUUCUUCCUUUUUAAGGAGUUUUCCACCUUGGCUCUGCAGGUUUGAUUUCAGGAAGCCGCGCACUGUUAUCCAUGAAUCCUGUGCUCUAGUCCUCACCGCUUGCCUCUGUUGCUGUGUUUUAAGCUUUGGGGGUUCCGAACUCCCUGUGUUCAUGCUCAGCGCGUUUCUGUGUGUUUUUUAACUACUAAUACACGAGUUUUACUCUAA